AUGUAUUUUGGUCGUCACGGAUGCAAGCAGCAUAUACACGGCAAACCAAUACGAUUUGGUUUCAAGGCAUGGGUGGCAGCUACACGUCUGGGUUACUGCAUACAAGCAGACCUCUAUGAAGGACGAUCUGAAGUACGCGAAACUGGACUUGGCGAGCACGUAGUCACAAAACUAACACAGGCUGUGCAGAAUGUAUACCCUGACUGUGCGUUUUCGGUAUUUUGCGAUAACUUUUUCACGUCGCCCUCGCUGCUGAGUAGCCUACAAACUAAGAAUGUGAAAAUCACUGGAACCGUUCGGCAGAAUAGAGUGGACAAAUGUCCACUUCUGGAUGUCAAAUCAUUCAAAAAAAAAGCCAGAGGGUUUUACGAUUAUCGAUUUGAUCAGAAUGACAGCAUUUGUGCCGUGCGCUGGAACGAUAAUAAUGUGGUGACGCUGUUAUCAAAUGAGUUUGGCGUCCAGCCUAUUCAAAAAGCGAAGAGAUAUUCAGCAGCUGUAAAAAGAAGAAUAGAAAUUGAUCAGCCAAAUGUGGUCGCCCAAUACAACAGAUUUAUGGGCGGAGUGGAUAGGUUAGACGCCAACAUUGGUGUGUAUCGCAUUGCCAUAAGAGGGAAAAAAUGGUAUACGUCUCUACUGACGUGGCUAAUUGACGUAACAGUCAAUAACUCCGCUUUGAUGGCCAGAUCACACGGAGCCAACAUCGAUACGCUGGAGUUUAGACGCUCGAUUGCAAGAACAUUGCUAUUGAAGUAUGGGACUGCGAGAGUUCAUCCUGGAGUCCCUUUGAAAGUGACAUCGAACGUGCCGUUAUCCGUGCGUAGACAUGCAGCUAACCAUAUGAUCAUGGUUUCGCAGACCCGAAGAAGAUGUGCAUUCUGCAAAAAUAAAACUGUAAAAAUGUGCCGAUCGUGUGGAGUCAAUCUCCAUGACAAGUGCUUUGAGAAAUUCCAUGCCUAA